GCAGAUGAAAUUGGACCAAGUCUCUCCUCACACCAGCAUGGAAAUGCUUCCCUCGAAACCCAUCUGAAGCAACGGAGCUUGCCUCCGGUCGUGGUUCGUCGUCGAACACUCUGGAUCCCGACGAGAUGCGGACGGCAGCCGCGGAGGAGACAGAGGAGGAGUCAGAGCCGCAUUCACCGUCGAUUAGGGGACGUGGCGGCAGAAUUGCGGUUCGUGGGACGAAGAGGAAGAGGAGGAACAAGUGUUGGGUGGUGGAUUUGUACAAAAAUAGCGAUGAGAUGACGACUGGGACUACGGUGGCGACGGUGGCGACAUCGAAGAGAGGACGGAGAAGCCAGGUGAUGUCGUCGAGGUACCGAGACUCUUCAGUGGUGAUGGUGCCGUGGAAACAACUGUCCCGCCGGCGUCCCUAGCUGCCGGGGGUUUUGCACGGGAACCCGACAAAACAAGAUGAGGAAUAAUAUUAAUGGGAGAUUAUAAAUGGAAAAUUGGUCAUCAGAUUAUGAUUUUUCACACGGAACAAUUUCCUUUCGAUUUUGACAUUCUGAGUUAAAUUAUAGUCCUUCUGUUUGACAUGAAGCUACAUUAUGGUUUGGAUUUGUUGAAAUUCGAGAGAAAUUUCUUAGAAGAAGGGCAAGUCACAAGUGAAGUUUGUUGAGUUAUUUUCAUACUAAUUUAUGCAUGCCUAAUUGCCUAUAAGACAGGCUAAUUAUAGAUAAAUUAAGUAUGAAAAU